GUCACUCUCGCCCUGUGGCCCCGCCCCGCCCACCCCUCUCCCAGCGCCGCUGUUGUUGCAGCCAUUUUACUGUGAAGCUUCGCUGGAGCGGACGGAGAGAGGCAGACAUCGCUCCGGUGAACGGAACCGGCAGCAUGGCUAACCUGCUGACCCGUCCGGCGGUGCUUCGACCCUUGACCUUCGCCAUGGAGGAGAAGCAGGCUCUCCACUCGUGGAGCCGCGUCUCGUCGGCGGGCCAAAGCGUGGUCCUGGAGGCGCUGAAGAUCCUGGGGCCCAAGCUUGGGCCCUCCCACCCUGGCACCCCAGCACAACUCGGCACCAGAAGGUCCAACAGCACCCAGGACCUGCCCAGCCCCCGACCCAACAGCCAGCAGGUCCUGCUGGCUGUUGGGUCAGGGGCGGAGAAGGCCCUGGGUAUGGGCACCAAGCCGCGGGGGCUCCCUAGCACAGAGGAGCUCCUGAUCUUCCUGCAGGAGCUGCGGGAGGAGGGCCACAAGGCCACGGUGCUGCGCAGUAAGGACGUGUACGGCUACCGCUCGGCCCUCAGCUGCCCCCUCACCCAGGACAAGCUCCGGGCCCUGGAGAAGAGCCAGAAACCCACCGCCAAGCGGAGGGGCCGGAAGCCGCCGGCCAGGAAGAGGGAUGUGCAUGUGCAUCCGUCCUGGAGGAAGGCCCAGAGGGGGAGCCCCCGGAUCCAGGGCACCUGCCCUCCAGAGGCACCCCUCUGCCCCCCCUCGGCCCCGGUGAGCUGGACUCGGGGGCCCUGUGCUCCUCAGCCCUGCCUCAGACUGACCAACCUCCAGGACCUGCCCGGGGCCCCCACCGCCAGGCUCCAGAUCCACACCAGCUGGGAGCCAUCGUCGGGCCCCCACUCCAAGCAGCACCUCCCUCCUCCCCCGGCCCUCUCGGGGAUCCCGCUCCACCCGUCCCAGACCAACGGCGAGGCCCCCGCCUCCCUGCUGAGACCCUGGGGCCUCUCCUGCCCCGUCCGCCACGACGGGGCCCUGAUCGGAGACUCGGCCCCGACCCUCUACGGCCCCCAGGCCGAGCUGGGCAGCAACGGGGUCCACGGGGCCCACCCCCAGGGCAGCGGCAGCCGCAGGGCCCUGGCCAACCUGAGGAGGAAGGUGAUCAAGGUGGACCACUCCCGGUCGGUGGCGGACGCCAGGCGGAAAGCACAGAAGAUCCUGCAGCUGGACCUGUCCCCCGUCAUCCACAUACAGCCCAUGCCCAUUAAGGACUACCGGCACCUCCAGUGACACUCCGCCGUCCUCCAGCCCGGGGCCCACUCCCUGGGCUCUCCCCAGGUUACUUUGGGGUUCUUCCUGGUCUCCCGUUCUCCGGACCCUGGAUGUAAGGGUUGGGCGAGGCACGCAGCACUUUGGGUCGGACAGGUUGACCCUCGCUGCUAAACUCCUCAUGGCUGCCCGGGUCAUGGUUCUUACACGUGACCUAAUGGGGGUGAUGUCACCUCCUAGCCUCUUUUGGAAAGUUGAAUGGCUCUGUCUUCACGGCAACUCCCCAUGACCAUUCCAAAUGAUCCAAACACUUUCUAGUUUGUAGUUUUUUUUUUACGAGAAUAUGUUAAUUUAAAUUUGUUCUGAGUUCCCCAGGACGAUUUACCUGGGACUUCCUGUUUGUUUUUUCUGUGUAUUUCAUACUUAUUUGAAAUAAAAGUUCAAUAAAACACAUUUGAAACAAUGGAA